AUGUCUCGUACGCUCGGCUUCAUCGCGGGCCUGACGGUACCAGCGGGUCUCUACUACAUCUCCACGUUACACCUCGACGGCACUGCUACGCAAGUCGUCAGCUCCCUCGAUGAGCAGGAGAAGCGUCUACGCUCCCUAGACCGUCUCCCACCUGCACAACCAACUAUCAGUGGACGCAAGACACAAGAUGACUUUCUAAGCCGCGUCAAGGAUGGUUGGAAUAAUACUGUGGAGGAGACGGUACACAAGUUGCAGAAAGUGGAUUACGGCGAGGCUGCGGAGAAGACUGCUACAGCUGCCUCGAAUCUAUCACAGAAUGCUUGGGAAAAGACGAAGCCUGAGCUAGAAAAGGCUGGUGAACAAGCCAAGUCGUUGGCUGAACAAGCCAAACAAGCAGCAUCAGAGGCAGCAGCGAAGACGGAGAAGGCGGCAGAGGCAGCCAAGGAGUCGACGGAACGGGGACUUCGCCAGACGGCUGGACAAGUGCAAGAGGCGACGCAAGAGACGAGUGAGAUGCUUGCUGCAUGGGAACGUGCUGCCCUUGAAAAGCAAUCAGAAGCACGAGCCGCCACAGAGCGUGGACUGCGCCGAACGGCAUCACAAGUCCAGGAUGUGACGCAAGAGACGAGUAACCAGCUGGCAGCAUGGGAGCGUGCUGCUUUGCAAAAAUCAGAGGAAGCUAGUGAACGCAUGCGGCAAGGUUGGGCUGAAGCAAAGGAACAUACCCACGAUGCAAGUGCACGAGCACGCGAAACCACAGCACAGGCGAAUGCAAAAGCAGCACACUUCUUGGAGGAGACGAAGGAGUUUGUGUCGGAAAAGUUGGAACAGGUCAAGCAAAAGCUGUCGGGUGCAGCACAAGAUGCCAAACACUCAAUGCAAGGAGCUGGUCACGAUGUCAAGCCAACUUCUGCACAAAUACUGGAAAACGUCAAGCAAGAUGCUGCCCUGGCAAAAGUCGAUGCUGUUGACCGUUGGCGUGCAAUGUUGGAUGCAAAGGACGACUUGGCCAAGGAAAAAGCGCUCUUACUCGAGCAGUAUGCCGGUCGACGUGUUGGCUUCGAGUCUGUGCAUGAUCCUACGCAGGCGCAGGUGAUUGCUGAUGCUGCUGCAGCAGGUCGUGUUGCGCGUGAUCCUGAACACCAAGCGAAGAAGAGCUGGUGGUUCUGGUGA